UCCAGACACCGGAGCGGAAGCGUGGGAAAGACAAUAUGGCGAGCUAAGGGCUCCGGCGAUUUUUUCGCAAAGGGAAAGGGGACAGGAGCCGGCGAUGCGCGGGGAAAAAAGUUAAAGGAGCCUACACAACGAAAAGCGGCAAUCUGCCUCGUCCGUUGCGGCCAGCCACAUUUCUAUCGCUAAGAUGACAUAGAAUGGGUUGGGUGGCGCUAGGGCGGCGUAUGGGUGGUGGCAGCCGCCUAUCACCCAUCCUCUCGCUGUCUCUCGCCUCCCUCGCAAGUUCCCUCAUCCUUACGACCUUCUGUGUCCUCACCCUCGCCCUGACCCUAGCCACCCUCGUGCGUUCAGAGGACAUGUUAUGUUGCAGCUUCGAGGAGGGAAAAUCGGACAAGGAGAUCCUGGACAACCUGCUGCUGUCGACCCGGUACGACAAGCGGCUUCUACCCCCGGUCCAAGAUGCGGAUUUCUGCUGCGGAUUGCGAUGGCCUGGUGACGCAACCAGCCUGACAAACGAGUCGACGAUCUCUAACAACCCCAAGCAGAACAAGAACCAGAACAAUAACCACUACACGCCGCACCAACACCUUCGCACUCACCUUCGCGGAACUUUGACCGUCAACGUGAGCGUAUUGCUCUUGAGUCUGGCUUCCCCCGACGAAUCUAGUUUGAAAUACGAAGUGGAGUUUCUCCUGCAGCAACAAUGGUACGAUCCUCGUCUGCGAUACAGCAACAGAUCUCGUUACGAGUUUCUCAAUGCGAUUCAUCAUCACAACGACAUCUGGCUCCCGGACACGUAUUUCAUAAUGCACGGAGACUUCAAGGAUCCUCUUAUCCCGGUCCAUUUCGCUUUGCGAAUAUAUCGAAAUGGAACCGUCAAUUACCUUAUGCGACGUCAUCUCAUAUUAUCCUGUCAGGGAAGACUCAAUAUAUUCCCAUUCGAUGACCCACUGUGUUCAUUCGCUAUCGAGAGCAUAUCCUACGAGCAAACAGCCAUUACGUACGUGUGGAAGAACGAUGAGGACACUUUGAGAAAAAGUCCAAGUCUAACGACCCUGAAUGCCUAUCUCAUCCAGAAUCAGACAAUCACCUGUCCGAUAAAGGCUAGCUGGAGGGCUGACGGACAGCUGAUCGUUGACUGCGAGGACGAGUUCGAUGAUUUCGGGGACUCUAAGUGCUCGCUGUGCCAGCGCAGGUUUGAGGAGCAAGGUAACUACAGCUGUCUGAAGGUGGAUCUGAUCUUCACCAGAGAUCGAGCAUUCUACUUCACAACGGUAUUCAUACCCGGUAUAAUUCUAGUAACUAGCUCCUUCAUAACUUUCUGGCUCGAGUGGAACGCCGUACCAGCACGCGUUAUGAUCGGCGUCACGACGAUGCUCAAUUUCUUCACGACCUCGAACGGCUUUAGAUCGACGUUACCGGUCGUCUCAAAUCUCACGGCCAUGAACGUAUGGGACGGAGUCUGCAUGUGCUUCAUAUACGCCAGUCUCCUCGAGUUCGUCGCUGUUAAUUACGUCGGACGUAAGAGACCUUUGCACAACGUUGUCUACCGUCCUGGAGAAAAUCCCGUCACCCAGCGGCUUCCAGCGGUGCUCAGCAGGAUAGGGAUUAUAUUGGCCAGCCCCUUGAAGCGAGAAGGUGGUGCUGGUACCGGAGGAGGAACUGGACCGAACGAGAUCGUGACGUGUACGAAUUGCGGUCCGAAUCCUUGUACACACACAGCAACAAAUGGCUGCGCCGCAGAGUGCUGCUUUGUGCAGGUACGCAAAAAGGAACCACCCCAUCCGAUAAGGGUUGCCAAAACGAUCGACGUGAUAGCGCGUAUCACAUUCCCAGCCGCUUACUUCGUGUUCCUCAUCUUCUUCUUCAUACACUACAAGGGCGCCUCCUAAGCAGUUGCCGCUGACAUCCUAAUGGAAACCGGAUGCUGCACGAUCUUCAUGGAGGGGCAUCGGGACGUUCAACGUGUUGAGAAGAAAGUUGGUGAAGACAGAAAGUCACCAGAAAAUAAACUGCGGUCUGUAACAACGAGAAUACAGGUUAUGCGGCUAACGCGGCAAAUUUGAAUUUUUCGGUUACGACGGCGUCCCGGACAGGGACGCGGGCGAUCCUGGCGGCGAGGAUCGGAAGCUUGUUAAAAAAAUGUUUCACUUACUAAGACAAAUGAUUUAAUUAAAUCAACGCUUGCGUUAGCCUAGCCAAGGAGCCUUGGACUCGUGAUAAUUAUCAUUAUCGUAAUGCCGAGCAAGGGCGGCAAUUUUUAAACGGGGAAGCAUUGUCGUGUACCGUUAGUAUCGAGAAAUAAUUUCUUGCUUGGCAGAGCUUCGCGCGCGAUUUUAGCAUGUGAUUAAUAUCGAGCGCGUCUAUCGGGACUAGCGAAUUUCAAUUCGCAAAUAUUUUUGGCGGAUUAAUUGUUCUAGCCUUUCGUCGCAGUCGCGCCGAUUCAUUACGAUUUUAACUCUUAAGGAUUAUUGAAAGUAACACACGUGGUGCUUUUUCGGACUCUGCGUUAAGGUAAACGUUUAAUUAAUUAAUUAAUUAAUUAAUUAAUUGACGACUUAUAGUUAUCUCUUACUGUAAGUUGUUAUUUAUUAUAAUGGUAUAACGCUACACUAAUUACUAUUAACAAAAUUAACUAUUAACUAAUACUGUCACUAUUGCUACUACUAUUACUAAUAGCCACCCUUUAUUACCAUUUACUUCUAUUACCGUACUAUUACUACCACCGAACUACUACUAUUAUUAUUAUCAUUAUAUACUUACUACUAUUACGCGCUAAGGGUAAAAAAAAAUUUAUGCUACGUACUAUUUGUACUAAAAAUUUAAAAAAAUAUCCAGCAAUAUUACAGACCAAUCUAAACCGCGUAAGCAGAAUUAAUUAAAUAAUCGACGUAACGUACUUGUAUAGGUAGCGUUAUUAGGACACGAGUUUACUAUAAUUACUGUACGCGUAAUUUCGUCCUUUUUUGCGACAAUUACACCUGAUCACGCGGCAUACAAUUACAUAAACCUAUAUUAAGAAUGCGAAAAAAAAUAUAAACACAAAAUGAACGCUAAACUUAUCGUACGACACAUAUUAACUAGCACAUGAAAUUGCUCAUUGGACACAAACAGGUACACAAGAUCGCUUAUGCGAAAUCACAACGACACUCUUAAGCGAUAUAUAUAUAUAUAUAUAUAUGUAUAUAUAUCUAGGUAUAUAUAUAUAUAUUAUAUCGAUGUGUAAUAAUUUCAGAAAUCGUCUGAAAACCGACUGCCAAAAAUUCAUUAGAUUGAGGCACAUCGUGAUCUUUUUUCUCCCAUGGUUUUUUUUACGAAUAAGAAUACAUACAUAUAUAUAUGUAUACAGAAUAAUACAAAUAGGACAUAUGUAUACGUAUAUAUAGUUAUAUAUCUUGCUGACUAUAAAAUUCUACGUGUAUGCACAAAUAUAGUAUAAAGCGCGUGCGCGCAAGGUGUUAUUGGGGGGUUAUGAAAUUUGUGAAAUAGUAAAAAAAAAAAGGAAGCAAAUAUGUACGGCGAAGCGAGCGCGAGGUAAGAGAAAAAAUUGUUAAAAACAAAGAAAGAAUGGAAUAAGACGAAAUUUUUGUGUGAGGAAAAGUGAAAUACGAAUGAUAAAAAAAAAUCGAAGCGCCUCUAGCGGCUGAUGUGAGAAGUACACGGCUUUUUUAUGCACUGGUAUGCGGUUAUUUAGAUUUCUAAGGGAAUGGUGAUGUGGAUGAGAGAAGGGAAAAAAAAUAAUAAGAAAACGAUAAGAGGUUAUCUCGGAUCGUAAUUAAUCUCUAUUAUGAUAUAAGGGCUACGUUACUUCGUUAGAGGAGAUUCUUUAAUUAAAAUAUUACUAUGAAGAUCUAUUAUACAUUUUAUACACUAUUACGUCCAUCCACCGAGUCGUCCUUUGUAUUUUCGCGAUUCCGCUUUGCAAAUCCGUUUGCAAUUUGCGAGUUUGCGAAUUUCAUGGUUAAAGGAAGAACGUGGGUUUGUUUCGUGUUUUUUGAGAUAUGAAAAAAAAAAGGAACUGGAGCUGAGACGAAAUCUUUUUAAAAAUUUCAAAAAAUAUUCCGUACUGGUACCUACAGUCGCCAUGUAAAAUUUCCUAACGUGAAAAUAGAAGAAAAAAGGAAAAGUAUAACCAAUCAGAAAUAAUGGAUCGUCGAAAGAAGGUCAGGCUGGCCCAUUGUAAAUUGUUCAUUAUAGGAAUACAAAUUUGUCAUAUAUAUAUAUGACAUGAUAACAAUAAUCUUUAAAUACGAUACGUGCAAUUUCGUCGUAAUUUUUAGUGACUAUCCCUACGCAAUUAGCGAAAUUCUGUUUACUCGCAUGACAAGAAGAGACGCCUUGCGUGUCGCUUAAUCUGCGACACAACCAGUCAUCGUAUCGGGCAGUCAAAAGAAUUUAAAAAAAAAGACUGUAAAAGAGAGUAAAAAUCACUGAAGAUAAAAAAAGAGAUAUUAUCGAAAAGUACAUCUCGGCAAAUGCUGCAAUUCGAAUAGAAAUCGAGAAAAAGAGCUUAGGAAAAAAUAUAAAGAAAAAAAUAAUUACCGAAACGAAGCUUCGGCUGAAAUAUGAGGAAACGAAAAAUAAAGCAAAAGCCAAGUUCGACAAGAGCCCCCGAUACGUCAUACAUCACGCCGUACGUUAUUUAUUCCCAAAGUGACUGUUCAGCAUUCGGCGUCGCGACGUCGCGCAUCACACAACGAAUAUUGCAUAGAUAAAUCGCGGACUAUAUUGAAACUUAGAGUUCACGUGAAAAACACGACAAAUAAGAAAAAUAUUUACAAAAAAUUUAAAAAACACAUAUACCUAAUUCGUAAAAAUUAAACGGAAUCCGAGGUGGUAAGGUACGCGUUUCGCGCAUGUAAAUUUCUUAGGAUUUCAACAAGAUGAACCCAAAAUACAGAAACGACCAAACGAAAGUUGUUAUUAGACGAGAAAAGAAAAAAAAACAUCUCUGAAUGAAUUUUUUUUAAGGCGAAUCCAAAGAAAUUCCACGAUGCCAUAAGAUACAUAGGAUGGAUCAUUAUUACAAUUUUUGUAUAUCUCAUGCUGUUUAAUAAAAAAAAAAUGAAGAAACCCUUAGAUUAUAGGUUACGCUACGAUUAUUAUUAUUAAACGUUUUAAACGCUCCACGGACCAAAGACAACACACGUAAUCCUACGAGUUCUUGUUUGUCAUAAUAGCUGCACUUAUAUAUUAUAAACUAUAUAGGCUGUGGCCCGUUAUUGAGAAAGAAAAAGAGAUAAACAUUCGACGUAAAUGCAAAAAAAAAUAGUCUUUGAUGCGUCCCUGUAAUAAAUGAGGAAGAGGGUAGUGGUCGUCACAUACAGGUCGUCCUAAUUUUUACAAAUGCUAUUAGAAAUCUACAUUAUCCCUGAUACACGUGUUGUACAUCGAUAUAUAUAUAUAUAUACAUACAUACAUAUAGUAUUAUCGAUGGAUACUGGAAUGGAACUUUUGACGCCUGGGAAUAUCGAAUGGGCGAUUAAAUGCGUCACGCAGCUAUGCGACUGCCGUUUGACAUUGCACGGAUUAAUAUACAUAAUAUACGUAAAAUAAAUAAUAGAUUAGGGAAAAAGAAAUACAUUAUUUUUAGGAGAUAUAUAUCACUGUAGCCAUCUGACGAAAAAAUAAUGAAUUUCUUUUUCCCCAAGCUAUUACAUGCAUACAUGAAUAAGAUAUUUAGUAAAAACUUAUGGAUUCGCAUUGACGGUGGCUCCAUCGCACGGAUAUACGUUGCAUUAUUGUUAAUAAUAAUUAUUUAUAAACUGUAUCGAGUACAGGUAUGCCAGACACCGAUAUCAAUUUUUUUAUGCAUUGAGUUUGUUAUCUCUGCUGUGCAGCUGAUCGUUGAUCGAUAACACGAUUGUGAUAAGUGUAAUGGGGAAUGGCAAAAAAAAUCAUAAUUAAAUGCGAAGACGCCGCGCUGGCUUUUUACAACAUUAUGAUUUACGUUGCGUUUAUGCUGUAAUUAUAUUAGAAAUUAUAAUACGUUGUUCGGUGUUGAGUCUAUUGACAGUGUCUAUUGGGUCGUUGGUAACUUUUGCCAGGAAGCUGCGUUAUGGUGUCUUAUUAAUUGCUGUGGGUAUUGAAAUAAAGAGAAAAAAGAAUAAGUGAUAAGUGUAUACGUAUAUAUAUGUUUUGUCAAAAAUAAAAAAUAUUAAUAUCUUUUUUUUGGGAUGAUCGACGUCGCGGCUUCCGGGUAAAAAAUUUGUUUGGUAAUAGGUGAGAUUGUGAGGCCUGGGUAGAUGAAAGAGAUAGGGAGAGAGGUAAAAAGGGAAAUAUCGAAAAUGAUAUUACAUUAAUAUAUUGCUGUGCGUAGUACGAGCGCGGUUCGUGCGUUAAAAAGAAACAAAGCGAAGAAUUUUAAAGGGGAUAAGAGGGAGAGAAAGAUAAGGAGAAUAUCUAAUUAAGAAAAAAGCGACACACGUGAAUACGAACAUUGGUCGUCCUCGUCUUAAAAAAAAAAACACGGAUCCGACCUGCUUCGCCUCCACCUAUAUUUAACUAUAUAUAUCUAAUGCUAAAAGUCUAUAUUUGUCCAGUCUCCAAUUCUAUCCUUGUUAUUUUUGUACCUUUUCACCGCGCUCGCAUACAAAAAUAUUAAAGGAAAUGAGAAAAAAAAAUUAUAAAAAUCCCGCGUCACUGACUCGCGCGGAUCCACGCGACGACACUCGAGGAGUUAGGAGAAAAUAUUGCGACUAGAUGAAAAACAAAAAAAAAUAAAGAAAACAUCAAGAGAAAGUUAAUGAAAAUUUUUCGACAACAGUCAAAUACGUAUACAUAUAUGCUCGUUUUACUUUAUUCCCCUUGCAUUUUGUGGCUUAUCUUUUCUCGAUUCUCUAAUUCUACGACGGGACGGCAAAUAUAAAUUCCUCGGGCGUCGCGACGCGGAAUCGUGCGUUCCGCAUUGAAAUCGCCUACACUUAUAAAUAUGUACAUAAAGGGAGGGAGAACAAUAAUUAGAAAAAACAAAAAAGAAAAAGUUGAAAAAAGAGGGAGAUAACGAAGCGAAUGAAAUUGUCAGGACAAGCCUUAUAUAUUUAAUAUAGUCAGCAAUCGAUAUUUAUUACGCGAUUUAAACAAUUUUACAAUGUAUUACUGUUGCGUACUGUCGUUAAUAAUAUAUUGUAUUAUGAUCAUUCGUAUUUAUUACGUCAUUAUAUCUUGCACUUUAAAAUGCCCGAAAUGAGUUCACGUCGAUGAUUACCAGCAGAGAAAGUGCGUACACGCGUUUACAAAAGAAAAAUGUAAUAUAUAUAUAUAUAUAUAUAUAUAUAUAUAUAUGACAAACAAGGGGCAAGAUCGAGUUUAACGUACGAAAACGAUGAAAACCUGUGAUGUUAAGUUAAAUGAAGAAAACGAAAAAAGAAAAGGAGGGAAACACUGUAAAAUUUAAAAAAUUUCUCCCACCCGGAUGCCCGGAGGGAUUCGUGGCUUUGCGAAAAAAAAAAUGUACGUAUGUAUACGCGUACCCAUACAAAACGCGUAAUAUAUACACAUACACAUACACACGCAUACAAAAACACAUUGACAAAUGAUUUUUAAUCUUAAGCGAAUCUAUUGAUUAUAUUAUAACGUAACGAUCAUUGAUUAUCUGAUUUUUCGGCUGUGUUUGUAAUGUACAUGAUUAAAUAUUAAAUUGUCGAUUAAAAUAGUAUUGAAUCCUUA